AUGUGGAACAAGAACCCCUCGUUUUGGCCGCUGCUCUGUCAUCUCGUUGACAAGCCUCAAGUCUUGGCAAACCUCGGUGCGGCCUACGGCACAGCCAAGAGUGGGGUCGGCAUCGCCAACUUGGGCGCCCGGGACUUGGCAGCGAGAACUGCCCCCACAGCUGCCUCAGACUCCUCAGUUAUGCGACCAGACAUGGUCAUGAGGCUCUUGCGGGGAGGGCUGCUGAAAGGAUGCUUGCAGUACCGGGAAAGCGGCUUGGUUCGGUCCAUCAUCCCCGUGGUCAUGGCAGGUGUGCCCGACACCCAGGUGCUCAACCCGAGGCUUGGCAUCUACGGGCUAAUCACUAGCGUGAUUAUCAACGGCGGGGACCCGCAACCAGAUAAGUUCCUGGAGACAGGAGCUUGGGACCCUGUCUGGAACGCCCCUCCCGGAAUCGGAGCUUCCCAGCCCCACCGCCUCGCGGAGUGUGAGGCGGCUUGGCUCACCAGCCUGGAGUUGCUUCGAAACGCCGUUUCGAAGCAGCUCUAUGCUGGUGAGCUUGCCACGCUGGCCGGGCAAAGAGAGCUCCAAGCCAUGCAAGAGCGAAUCGAACAGUUUCAGGCACCAGCUGCGCCACAGCCCGAAGUACAGAAGGUUUUGGCCUUCCUGCACCCAAUCAUCGAGGCAAUUGAACAUUUGACUUCCCGCGCUGCGGACGACGAAUGGCACCAGACCGAGUCAGUGGUCAAAGCCAUCAUGGACAUUGCCGAGAUGACGCGUGCCAAGCACUAUAACUUAACGUUGGAGUAUGUGGGCUUCGAUCUAGAGUGGUCCGCAAGUGGUGACAGCUUGCGGGGCAACAAUCUCAUCUGGCCAAUUCGAGUGUCCUUCAUGCCAGAUACUGUGUCCAUCCAGUCAAUUGCGUACGUUGACCCGUCGUGGGUCAACGCUCUUCGAGGUUGCAGCGGCAUUCGCGAACUGAGCAAAGCUGUAUCCGAAUGCCUCCAGACUCAACGUUUCUCCUGGGACCUGCAUCACAGGAUUUACAUCGUCGCAAGGGCCGGUGUGACCGUCGGCAUGAGCUCGCUAGCUGCAGGCCCGCGGGAGCCAAGACUUUUCGUGGGCAUGAUUUUGAUCCUGAUCUUCGCCGAGGCAUUAGGCCUGUACGGCCUCAUCGUGGGCCUGGUCGUAGCAUCCACGGCCGAGGGCAAAGGGCGGGCCGCCCAGAGCUUGAGUGGAGCCUGCGCCGUGGCUUGUUGCAACCAUUGCGGCAGUCGGGCCUAA